AACAAUGUGAAUUUAAAUUUUCUGAUUUUUUAUUUCUUUGACAAAACUAAUGCCACCAUGGAUUGUUCAGAAAUAGAGUUUUCUAUGGAUAAUGACCUUAUUAGUAUUGAUGAUGAUAAUGAAAAAUGCUCGAUAUGUAGUGUUGUUCAUGGUGUAUCAACAAUUGAUGAUGAUAAUGAAAAAUGCUCGAUAUGUAGUGUUGUUCAUGGUGUAUCAACAAUUGAUGAUGAUGAGACUACAUCAUUAACGUCUACUCUUAAUAAUAUUAUUUAUGAGUUCAGUAAACUUGAAGGGGAUAGAUUUUCUGUCUGCUCAACGGACAUUGAAGCAAACAAUAAGCUUUCAAAUAAUUUAUUAAAAGAUAGUAUAUUCCCUAUUCCCAUGGAGAUGUGUUCAUUAUACAAUAAUAUUUUUGAUAUCCAAAAGAGAACUAUUAAACCUUUUGAAUUAUCGACGUUAGAAAAUGAAAUUAUAAUAUGCGGCAUGAGUAAUAAAAAUCUUAAAAGGAGUAUCAUAGAAAUAUGGUUUUUAAGUCAGGUUCAUAAUAUUGAAAGAAGAAUACUUAAUCCUUCUUGGUAUAAUUGGGUGUUAUUAGAUUUAGCUCGAAGGCUAUCUGAGCUUGAGAAUCGAAUUUUAUCAAUAGAAUUAAUCAAUGCUGUCCUAAUAGAGCUUUGUCAAAGAAUAUUUUGUAAGUUAUAAAUAGAUAAAAGAAAAGAAAAACUUUGCAUAACCAAG